GCAAGAGAGGAUUCAGUCUACAGAACAAUUAGAUCGGUUCUAGCUGAUCGCUAGACGUCGCAGAAUUUUCGGCUAAAAUCCCUACCACGAUGACUGCGAUUCUUUAAGUUAUUCAAACAUAUGAGAGCAAAAUAAUGAUAUUCAUAUAAAACUUUAAUUAAAACGUAUGAUAUUUUAAACAGUGCAAUUGUAUAAUUAUUCAAAAUUAAUAAAAAUGGUUGGCAUCGUCGGAUUAUUCCUAUGCGCUUUAUUGUGUGCUAGUGUCAGUGAUGUACAAGGGGCGUGCAAGCAAUUACAGAACGAUGAUAUGAUAGAAUAUUCCUGUACGGGUGGACAAUUGUCUGAUUUGGACAAUCUUCCUGCAUCGACUGGAAAAAUUCGAAUUUCUCACAUGCCAAUUCAACGAAUAACUGCGGAUACCUUUUCAAGGUUUGGUUUGGAUCUUUGGGUCCUAGGAUGUUCCUACUGUGGUAUAAUGGACAUUGAACCGGGAGCCUUUGAACAUCUAAGUAACCUGCAACAAUUAAGCUUUGACAACAACCAUUUAACCACUAUAAAGGAAUCUUGGUUCAGAAAAUUAAAUUACUUGACGUACUUGGACCUGAAUUACAAUAACAUAGAGUCUAUUGAGGAUGGCUUGUUCAAAAAUCUACCCGGCCUUGUUGACCUAAGACUAUCUGGUAAUCGUUUAGAAUGCCUAAAUCUUGAAGACAUGUCACAUUUAAAGGGAUUAAAAAGAAUCUUUCUGAGUGAAAAUUCUGAAUUCAAGUGUCCAAAAGCUGUCAGUGCUUUUCUCGAGAAGCGUGGAGUAAGUUUCGAUAGCGAUCCAGAAUGGAGUAGAAUUCCAAACGAUUUAAUUUAUCCGGAAACACCAUACGAUUACGACGAAGAGAGCAGCAUAGAGGGACAGAGUAUAGAGGAGCAAUCCACGCCACUACCUGCUCAUCGCGAAAGAUUGCAUCCAACUAUAACACCAUCUCCAAUUGCAACAACACAAUAUACCCCGCCACCGUUCCGUACAACCGAAGAAGUAGUUUAUCGUCCACAUAAUUCUCCAGAUUGGAGAACAACUCCAAGAACAGACGCAGACCCCUACGGAAGCAGACCAAAAACUACAGUUCCACCAUAUGACGUCAAUAGGAUAUAUCACCAAUCAGUCCCAGAGGAAUAUUGGAGAACAACUACGAUCUUGUACGGAAGUGGAGGAGAAGCUACAAAUCCAUCAUAUGACGAAGAUACAAGAGCACCAUAUAUUCCACCAAGAACCGUUGCACCAAUCGAACGGGUAACAUAUCCACAACGUGAAACGACGGACUACAGCAGCCAAGAUAUAACGACCUUGAGUUCUUGGCCAAGAACCUCGGAAUCCGUCGGUGCUGGUGGCGAAUACGAGGUCUAUCCACCCCACAGGAACCAAGACAAACAUUACACAGAACAGCCGGAUUAUUCAAACCCACCUAACUCAGUCCUUUUGGCAUCGAGCCAAAUACCACCUCAUGUGGAGCUUAACACAGAGCGUUCUAUGGAUCCCUACUCUGGUUGGUCUGCAAAGAAUAGUGUGCCAUCAAACGAGAAGUAUCCACCUACAUCUGUACCCAAUAUCGAAAACAGAGCAUCAGAAAUUUCGGUUCCUUCUUUAUACACCACUCAAUCCAUUCACUCUAUCCCAUAUGUACCAGGUGUAAUGGUUCAACCUGCUCACCCUGAAAAUGUCUAUCAACCGCCAUAUUACGACCCCGCGGUCACUAUUCAUUCACCGCCAUCGGUGAAUAAUUGGCCACAGCAGGAGGAAGGGACAUCGGCAAUCGUGCAAAUUGAAACGACUACCGAUAAGCCAUUGCCUAAUUGUACAACCAGGAAUUUAUCAUCGUCGAGCCAGAGCUCCAUCACGAUGAUCAUCGUUUCCUUUCUUCUUGCGAUUCGCGUCCUUGUGGAGGGAUUUUAGCCAAUGGAAGUCUCGUUAAACUAUUUAAUAUUUAUCUGUAUAUUCUGAUGGAAUCUCCGACAAUGAAUCAAGUUUUCGUUGACGAAUCGAAUGUUUGCGUGAACCUGUGCGGGUGUAUUUGCUCUCGCAAGCACCGAACUAGAGUUGAACGGAAGGACGUUUAUCUAAUCGCAGACUAUAGAUCGGGUGAUUUUAUAAGUGCUGUUGGUUUCGUUCGUUUUCGGUUUUGGAUCAAUCUUCGAGACUUUAUUUAUCGCGAUUCGCUGUCAGAGGAACCAAACGAAUUGAUUGAUUCUUCAGAAGCACCGCGGAGCCUGCAAAACCCAAAGCUGGGCGAAAGAAGCAGAGGAAGCUGAACGUCUAGAAAAGAUGCUGAAGAUCGAAAACGAGGAAAACGCAGCUGCAAACGAUUUGGCGUUGGCGAUUCAGAGCCGUAACGAGGCCAGAGCGAGUCAAUCUGACAAAUUCUUCGAUUCUCUGAUCGACAAAUACGCGAACAUGGCUGGAAAAUCGACGAAGAAGAAAAACUCGUCAGCUAUGAAAACCGUAAAAACCGCGAAAA